AUCCAGUUUGAGAUUCUUGGAGCAUUGAUCAUUUCCUCCCUUCACCAUCACCUUCAACAAAUUCAACAGAACAGAUCUGAAUAAGGGGAGGAAAUUGAAACUUGAAGAGAUCAAGUAACUUGCCAAGAUCACGUCUGUAGUAGGCAUUAGAAGCAGGAUUUGAAGCCAAGCAGUCUGAUUCCAGGGCUCACAGCUUUGCUUAAACAACAGAAUUUGCUGCUCUCCCUCCCCUAUCCUGCAAUUUAAUUCCUUACAGAUUUUGCCAUGGGGUGCGGACUUAGAAAGCUAGAAGACCCUGAUGAUAGCAGCCCUGGAAAAAUAUUUUCUACCCUGAAGAGACCGCAAGUGGAAACAAAGACAGAAUUUGCUUACGAAUAUGUAUUGCUGGAUUUCACUUUACAAGCCUCGCCAAACCCAGAAGUCAUCAAGAUAAAUUCAAUUCCGGAUAUAGUAACAAAAGUUGAAGACUACUAUCUUAAAGGAUAUAUUGUUGGGGCUAUUCAUCCUGUUAUACAACCUGUGGGGCAGCGAAAACACCUACCUGCAAGUUACCUGUACAGGGUAGUGCUAUUGCGCUUGAAGUUAAGCCUGAAGCAUUCGGCAGCAUCCAGUGGACAAAGACGCCCAAGGCUCGUGAUUGAGGAAUGUCCUCUAACUUAUGAGACACAAACAAAUGACAUAGCAAAAGAACUGAUAGAAAAGAUUAAUAUAGCUGCUAAGAGAGGAAUGAAAUUUGUUGGAUUCAUAUCACAACCUUAUUCACCACUUAAAUUCUGCAACGGAACCAACCAUGAUGAAGAUGUAGAGUCAGCGCUGCCUCUGAGACACACUUCAGAUGAAAACUGUAAAAGUUGGAAUGAAGGAACAUUAAGUGGGCAAUCAUCUGAGAGUGGAAUUGAGGAAGAACUUCAUCAUGAAAGUGAACAGUGUCAGAUGGACCGAGAUGGCAGCCCCAGUUAUUCUAAAUCAAGAAAGGGAGAAGAAAACAAGUUGUAUACAAUAUUCAAUGUUUUCGAUGAUGAAUCAACCUGCUGGACCUAUCAGGAAGGCAUCCUGUCAAUGAAAGUAACAAGAAAAGGAUCUGUCAUUAGUACACUUGAUGCCGAUUGGCUGGAGUUAACUACAUUUUAUUAUAAACAAGGCUUGUCUUUAAUUGAUUCUUUUGUAUGCUGGGAAACAUCUAAAGGGGACCAUUUGCCUAAAUCUUUGGAAGGAUUCUUUAUCUAUGAAGAAGAAGGUUCUGGAGUUCCAGGUUCCAGUAGGAAAGGAAAUGAUGCCAUCGUAGUAGAACAAUGGACUGUUAUUGAGGGCUGUGAAAUCAAAACGGACUAUGGCCCUCUGCUACACACUCUGGCUGAGUUUGGAUGGCUCCUGACAAGCGUGUUGCCUACACCUAUACUGCGACAUGACAGUGAAGGGAAUUUGGCUACAAAGCAGGUUGUGUUCCUUCAGAGACCAGUUAUGUGGAAUUCAGCUGCUCAAACACCAGAAAGGAAAGCCAGCCGGCAUACAAAAGGUGAAGACAGGAACAAAGUCACCAGCAGGAGCAUCGGUUUGGACACAGCCACAUCACAACCAAUGGACAGCAGAAACCCACCUGCAGAGUGCCUCCUCUCUCCUUCUGGAGAGUGUUGGACAAGAGAGAGGAGGCCGACACAGUACAGCAGCUUCUCCGGCUUCAGCAGCAAUGACAGUGUCCUACGGGAAUUAGACGACGGUCAGUUUGACCAGGAAGAUGGAGUAACUCAGGUCACUUGUAUGUGAGCAAUGAAGUAAAGCAAUGGAAGGCCCUGUAAAUAACUAUUAAAAUAAUUGCCAACUGACUUUAUUGUAUUACUUUAUCUGCAUUUAUGUAAUACUUUGAAUUUUUCCAGAUUCUGGCUUUCCUCUAAUCUGCAUAAACUUUGGCUCAACCUCCCAGACAAGGAAGAAUAACCAACGUAUUUGUAAAUUUAGAAUCAUGUUUACACUUCUCUCAACUAAAACAUCUGUUUAAACAGAUGUCUCAUUAGGUUAUUAACCAAUAAUCUACUUCAGUUUCUCAUGAAUGUACAAGAUGUACUUUUCAUUCAUUUCCUGGUAAGAAGACUAAAUAUAUUAGCCAGUAUUUCACCUAAUUAGAAAGUUCUCAGGAAGUCAAAAUCUUACUUAAGCUGACAAGCAAUCUCUCUCUCUUUCAAUCCCCCUCUCUUUCACAUACAUGUAAAGGGCUAAUUAAUGAAAUACCUAUUUCCUGAAUAUAACAAUAAUCCAAAUUUUGUCUUUAACUGUAACAUGUAUAUACAAAGCAAGCCCCUGUUUGUGAAAAUAUUCUUCCAAAAAAAAUCCUUUUUGUUUGUCUUUUUUUUGGGAGAGAGAGAGCAAGAGCAUAUAAAUAGGGCAGAGGGACAGAGGGGCAGAGGGAGAGAGAAAAAGUUUAAACAGGCUCCACACUUAGCAUGGAGCCCUACAUGGGGCUCGAUCCCAAGACUCUGGGAUUGUGACCUGAGCCGAAAUCAAGAGUUGGACAUUCAACCAACUGAGCUACCCAGGUGCCCCUGUAUGUCUUUGCUUUUAAAAAAAGGGUCACCAUGUUACCAACUCCAUACUGAUUCACUGAGCUUAAACUUUAUUGCUUCCAAUAGCUUAGAAAUAGAGCAAAGCAGCAUCCCUUAAAAUUCAAUAUGAAAAGAACCCACAAUCUCAACAUUUAGAAACGUUGGUAGAAAGAAAGAAUUUCUUUAUUUUAAAUUGCAGAUAAUAUGAAGAGCAGAAAGGUACUUACAGCUUCAUAUGUAUGGAGACCCAUCUGUUCCAUCUCUGCUUUUCUUGCUCUCCUAAUAGGGAUGGCUUUGCCUUUCCCAGCCUUUAACAGUUAAAGAUGAAAAAUUCUACAUAAUAGAGGAUCUUCAUUUAUCUGUGGAAAUGUGGGAAUCUUCGAGGGAAUUACAACUGACUUUGCCAUUGAUGAAUUUAGCAUAUUAUAUAUUUUUAUUAGCAUUGGUGUUGACAUUAUAAGAUCAUUUGAAUAAUAAAAUGUCAUUUGUUA